GCCAGCCUGGAGGGGGCUUGGUGUCUGGUAAGAGACAGACCAUGAAGAGUCUUGGGGGCUCCGUGAAGGUUCUGGAAAACCUGGGCACAUUCUAAAUCCUGCCCUUGUGUAAGGAGACGCAGGAAUGGCAGGGGCCUGGAGGAUGCGAGUCCCAGGUCACGGUCAUCCUACCGAGCCCACAGGUCUGAAACCCCCCCACAGCUGUAAAACAAGAUUUUGAAAAAUUUAGUGCAAAACUUAUUUGGCAAAACAUCCCCUGACAUGAAGAGCUUUUUAUUUAGUCUUUGAUUAUCCCAUUUGGUUUGAAUACACAUGCAUUCUGUUCCUUAUUACUAUAUUUAAAUAGGAAGGGCUUCCCCAGAUCAUUCUGUGGAUGUUUGUUUACAUAAUACACGAUCUAUGUAGCAUAUUCAUUUUCUAAAAUACAAAAUAGCUGGCGCUGGAGUGGGAAGUUACCUGCUUUUUUCCAUCUACAAUGCAUUGUGUGCCUCUUCCUGUGUUCAAUACAUUUGAUGCUACCAUCUUUCUUUAAAAUCUGCUUGAUAGUCUCUUGAACAGAAUGUGUUUAACACGUAUGUGGUUAAUUCAGUCAAUACUGACAAUUGAUAUUGCUAAUGUUUCCAUUUUUUUGAAGUUUAAGCCACUGCUUGAAGAGAACACCUUAGGGCAUAUCUUUUGUUUUUUCCCUUUUUUUUUUUGUAUAUCUUUGACUAUUUGUUCAAGUAUGUGUGUGUUAAAAAACAAAAUUCAACUGAGUAAAUUUUAAAGAUCUUAAUUGGCUUUAUUCAACGAUUCAACAGGCAGCAUCCAAUCAAGCAGAGAGAAAGGAGCUCUGAGGAGCUAGCUGUACAGAAUGAAAGGCUUUUUUACCUAGGCAGAAGGGAAGGGGAACAAGUAUGUUACAGGCAAAAAAGCAGGUUAGUUAUUGCAAGGUUGCUUUCCUUCAGGGGAUGGCAAGUGUGUGUCAGACAGAUUACCUCACUAGUGCUGAUCUGGCAAUUUCUGAUUCGUUUUAGAUGCCAUUUCUGAGAAAGCUGAAACUGUAAGUCUUGAUUUGGUGACAUGGGGCUUAGCAUAAGUAACUUCUUUGGGGGCCUGUUUUGUUGUUUUAAACAAGAGGUUUUUGGAAUUAGUAUUAGCAGAAUUACAAGGGCAAAACAAAGGUUUUUCCAUUUUUGAUGGACAGUUCAGCAUUGCAUUGCUCUCUUAAAAAAGGUUUCUACUUCACAUCUACAGUGCUGAAAUAUCUACCUCCCAAAGCUAAACAAGAGAUUAUCAGCUCUUUUCAAUCUUACCAGUACAGUAAGCAUACCAAAUAAAAGGGGCAGAUUUGCAAUUCAUAGAUGGUUAAUAAAUUUCUGCAUUUUCCCAUCACUGUUGCUUUCCUGCUUUUUCUACACAGGAGUUCGGGGUUUUUUUCUGUUUCCACGUUCUUAUCUUGCAGGUAUUCUUUGUUUAGAGAUAAUGAUGUUUUACUAGUAAAUACUGAAAAUAUUUUUACCAGUUUUGUUUAUAUUCAGUUUGUAUGUUUUAAAUGUCAUUUAUUUUCUGGAUCUCAUUUCACAAAUAGGAUUUUGUGGCCUAUUAAGCUGUUGAAGGGAAGUAGAAUACGCCACUCUAAAAUAUUCCUCUUUGGAAUAAGGGUUAUUUGGGGCGAAUUAUUUUUGAAAGACUGCAGUUGCAUGAGAAUCUCUGAAAACAGUCUAGAAGUUGCUGUUUUUGUGAGGGAAAUUUACACUUAUAAGGGAACUCUCCAUUUGAAAGGUGUUUCUCUCUGUACCAGGAAGAGAACUCUAAAGGUCUAGAAACUCUUGACCAAUGGAGAAGGCACAACUUAAAUCUACCUACUAACAACCUUACCUUUGUUUCCUCUGCUUUGCCUGAUAACCUCCCAUAACUGCCUCUCCCCACUUCAACGUCUUUCUUUUGUCUUUAGCUGAAGUUGAUAAAGUGAUGGCUUAGGCCAUUUUGGGGAGUUACUUGCUUCUCCUGGGUCUCUCCCAAGUAUACAGGAAGUGUACAUGUUAUUAAACUUGUUUUUCUCAUUAGUCUGUCUUUUUAUUACAGGGAUGUCUCAGCCAAGAACCUAGGAAGGUAGAGGGAAAACGUGUAUUUUGUGUCUUGUACUGUAGAGGAGCAAGAAUGAAAAAAAGCCAACUGAAUUUGGUUAAAUGUGAAUUCUGAGCUAUCAUAAAUACAUGGUUCAAGCCUCAACACCGAUGGGAGAUUCCUUAACUUCCAUACCCUCAUAAGACAAAAAUUUAUAGUGAUAUUAUUCUUAUAUACCUGAUUCUAAGAGUUUGGGAUUGUAGGGGAGGAAAACUACCCUUCUCCCUUUCUAGGGUCUGUGUCUUAAGAAUGAAAUGGACAUAAAAUAGAUUAAUAGGAGAAAAAAACCAUUUUAAUUCCAUUUCGUACAUGCAGGGAUUUCAGAUUUGGGAAUCAGAAUGCGGCCAGACAAUGGCGACUUCUACCCUCUCCUGAGGUAAGGGGUGCGGGGGUCUGGGGCUUUUUAGGUUGGGGAGGCAAUUCAUGGGAAGGUGAGAAGAGGAAAUGUUUGGUAAACAAAGGUCCCUUAAGCAGGUAAGUCUCUUAAAGUGAAAAAGUUAUCUCUGGUAAUAGCUGUCUUCCUGCUACAGGCCUCCUUUCGAAUGUGAAUUUCCUUUAUAAUUGCUGAUUUUCCCCACAACUGGGGAAAUUUAUACUUUUGUUUUUUUGUCAGUUAAGGGGGAGCUAAAGGGCUUUUCCUGGGUCUGCUGGGUCUCGAUUGCCUUAAGCUCAAAGUCACCCACAUCCAAAAUGGCAUAUUUUGCGGUAGCAUGGUCUGAAUCCCUUCAGGAUGUAAAACCAGUUCUCCCAAGUUACAUGGAUAGGUGACCAAGGCUGUGUCCUAAUUUGGGUAUGGUAUGUCUCCCUUCCCAAAGCCUAUGCCCUUUCCGUAGCCCCAGGUAGGGUGAAUGGGGAAGCAGGGGGGUUGGAGGGAUGGUGGUACCAAGUAGACGGGAGUGUUAAUAUAUAAGGCACCAUAAUAAAGGUUUGGGAACGGAAGAUUGGGGUUAGGAGAGGAUAAUCUGUGUUUGACUGGAAUGUGGUAGAGGGAAGGACCACUUGAAGUAAACCCAUGUUUUGUUUUGUUUGUUUUUUAAGGAAGAAAUACCUUUUCAACCAGAGCAACUGAUGAUUUGAGAUAACCACUGUUCUACUAACCAAGAAAGCUGCUUGCUUGGCUUCAUUUUCUCUGAGCUUCCAAAAGCUGGAGGAGUAGCUGUCCAGCUAAGCUGUGAGUCUGUGGGAAGGGCUUCUCUUGGCAGCUAGAAUGAAAAUGUCUGAAGACUCAGGACUUCAUAGGCUACCGGCAAACUGAGGACUGAGAUUUUAGGGUGUAUCCACUUCUCACUGCAGAAUCCAGCUUCCUGAAGAAAACCCACCCCGGUCCAAUCUUUCCUUCACGGCCCAAUGGAGGUCGAAGCAGUCCUGGCAGGACUCCAGGCAGAGGUCAACUGUCCCAUCUGUCUGGAUUAUCUGAGAGACCCUGUCACCAUCGAAUGUGGGCACAACUUCUGUCGUUCCUGCAUCCAGAAGUCCUGGGCUGAUCUACGGGACAGGUUCCCUUGCCCUGUGUGCCGGCACCCGUGCCAAGAGAGGCACUUGAGGAGCAAUGCCCAGCUUGGAAGGAUGAUUGACAUCGCCAAGCUCCUGCAGAUCACCAGGAGCAAGAAGAAGAGGCAGGAAGAGAGGUGCUUGUGCGACAAGCACAACCAGGUCCUGAGCCUCUUCUGCGAGGAGGACCUAGAGGUGUUGUGUCCCCUGUGCACUCAGCCCCCUGAGCACCAGGGCCACCAGGUGAGGCCCAUGGAGGAGGCCGCCUGUCAUCACAGGCAAAGGCUCAGCAGUUACGUCGAGCCCCUGAAGAAGCAGGUGGCAGAUGUUCAGAAAUUAAUAAGCAUUCAAAGCAAAAAACCUUUAGAACUGAGAGAGAAGGUGGAAAACCAAAAGCAGGAAUUAGUCUCCGAAUUUGAGCACCUGACCCAGUUUUUGGAACGUGAUCAAGAAACAGUUCUUUCAAGGCUAGCUGAUGAGGAAAAGGCUAUUCAAAAGAAACUCAGCGCUAAUAUAACCGCAUUUUCCGACUACAAUUCCACACUCAAAGGUCUACUAAGUAAGGUAGUAGAGAGCAGUGUGCUGCCCGAAGUGGAAUUGCUAUCACAAAUGAAAAAUUUCUACAAGAACUGUGAGGAGUUUAGCCCAUCAAUCUUUUCAGCUCAGCUAAGGAGGGAAGGCUGCAGUUUUCCUUUCCAGUAUUCUGCUUUGCAGAAAAUUAUAAAGAAAUUUAGAAUAGAUAUAAUUCUAGACCCUGAAACAGCACACCCUAACUUGAUUGUCUCUGAGGAUAAGAAAUGUGUGAGGUUUACAAAGAGAAAACAAAAUGUUCCUGAUUUUCCAAAAAGAUUUACAGUCAACACAGUUGUCCUGGGGUUUCCGUAUUUUCAUUCCGGCAGGCAUUUCUGGGAGGUCGAAGUGGGAGACAAAUCCAAAUGGGCUGUCGGGGUUUGCAAAGACUCUCUUUCCACAAGGGCAAGGAGAAGCCCAUCAGCCUGGCAGGGAUGCUGGAGGAUACGGCGGCAGGAAGACAGUUAUGAUGCCCCGGGAGCUAGUACAGCCAAUCUGCUGUCAGGAGUGAAUCCCAGAGGCAUUGGCAUUUUCCUGGACUAUGAGAUGGGAGAGAUCUCAUUUUAUAACAUGACUGACAAAUCUCAUAUCUAUACUUUCACUGACACUUUUAAUAGACCUCUUAGGCCUUAUUUCCACGUAGGGCCUGAUUCAAAACCUCUCAGAAUCUGUACAGGAACAGAUUAUGAAUGAAACUCCCUGAUAGGUUGGACCAGUUUAAUAGCUGUUUGUUUUUUAAAUGGGAGGUGGGUAUUGUAUUUAUGUGACUGUAAAUCUAAUCCUCCCUUCACAGUUCCACCCCUCAAGAAGCAAGUUUCAUUUUGUUUCGACAACACAGUAAGGUAGCAUCAAGGCCGUCCGAGAUCUAACACUGGCCACCCCGCCUACUGUCCUGCGGUACGCUUUGGUUCACACUGUUAACGGUGCUUGUGUUCCUCUGUAGCUGUUUGCUUUACCCAUGGACUUGUCUGAAAAUCCUGAAGCUUCCUUCCCCUCUAGAGAACCCUAACCUUGGAGCUCCUAUACGAUCUUGGGCUUACUGCCAUUAUUUCACGGAGCCCAGAGCCUAGAAAUCCUAGUCCUCUCUCUUCAUAAGCUACAAACCAAGGUCUGUCUUACUAAUUUUUGUACCCCUGCUGCUAGGACAGUAUUUGCCUGGUGAAUAGAAUGCUUAACCUUUAAAUUGCUUUGGUCAUUCUUCUGUUUUGCUGGUUCUGAUACUUAGUGUCCUUUUAUUGUUUGAAAUGUUCAUUGUUGAGUUUAAAAAAGGAUGUUGGUGGUUAUAUAGACAUUACAUCAGAACCUGAGUAUCCUGACUUUUUAACUUAUACCUUUCACUGUAAACCAAAGUUCAUCCCAUUAACCUUAGUGACUAUAGGUCCUAACUGAAUUUAAGAAUAAAUAAGAACAAAGCAUCUAUCAUCAGUGUUUUCCUUUUGAAAAAAAAAAUAGCUGAUGGCAAAGUUUAUAGACUGCAGAGCACAGAGACAGAUUUCCAGAGAAGGAAGUGGUUUCGAGACUUAUUAAAAAGGAAAGAAAAAAGAAGGGACGGGGGAAGCCAGGAAGCUUGGAUACAAUCUGAAUUUUAAAAAUACAAUCUUGGCUUUAGUUUUAUGAAUCUUGUCAUCUUGGGGAUUCAAUGGUAUUGUUUGCAGAUGAAACAUCACCUCUUCCUCAGAAAACUCUCAGAUGCCCCAUCAUGGCUGUGUCUGAAGGAAACAGGUGUUUGCCCUCUUUCUAUAAGUAACAGUGGGUGUGAUCAAAUGACUACAUCUCUUGCCAAAUAGUUGUGUAUAGCUUAAGUUGUGUAUAACUAUACACAACUAUAGCUUAAGUUGUGUAUAAACCAAAUACCGAUUAUUCAGCUAAAUACACACACACACAAUAAAAAAUAAAAUAUAGUAAAUAAAUAAUUAGCGUACAUUAUCACAAACAUCUCCCCUUGUUAAACUUUCAACCAAGUCUAAGGCAGCUUGUGAAGGUGCUGAUAGCAAAUUGAUAAAGGGGCACAUUAGAAAAUUGGAGAAGUAAUGCCAUUUACUCAUAAAAAUAUUUCGUUUUAUCUGGAGAAUUAGAUAUGCUUAUAUCUGUAUAUAAGUUGAUAUGACAUUUUAUUCCCAUCAUAAUUCUUCAGUGGAAUCCAAGAACUAAAAGUGUCUUUUUUUCCUUUUUAGACAAACUUAAAGCCACAGAAGAUCCCUUCCCUAUCACUG